UGAUUUUCUCAAUCUUCUCUGCAUGAAUAAAAUCUUCAAAAUCUCUCUAAUGUCAGAUAAAAUAUAUAGUUCCUCUAUCUCUAUAAAAUGUUUCUCAUCAACAUUUAGUUUUGUCUGAAAGUUUUUGGUUAUCUUCUUCCCUGAAGAUCAGUCUUUUGCAUUCAAUGUAAGUUUAAUUUCUUAUGUGUAUAUCUUUACUCAUUAAAGAUUAUUAGGGUUCAUUACUUGUAACGUUUUUUUGUUAUUGUUAUUUAAUAUGGGUAUUAAAUAACAGGCUUCGAUUAUGUUUUGAAUCUGUUUUCUUGGUUUAUCUUAGAUUUCUUGUUUAAUGGAAGAAGAGAUGAUGCUGAAUAUGGUUCCCUAUACAGCAUUGAGUGCUGCUGUAGGAGGAGAAGGUUCGGAUUCUAACAGAAGUAAUAGCAAUAGCCCUUGUGGAUUGUCGAAAAAACGUCAUAGACAACAAGAUGGCAUAAAACCUUCUGCAAGAUUUAAGGGUGUUGUGUUGCAGCCAAACGGCAGAUGGGGUGCACAAAUUUAUUCAAACCAUCAGCGUAUUUGGAUUGGGACAUUCAAUUCAGAGUCGGAUGCGGCUAAGGCUUAUGAUAGCGCUGCUGUUAAGCUUCGAAGUGGAGAUUCACAUCGGAACAUUCCAUUGACCACUCAAACCUCACUGGAACCAGAUUUUCAGAAACCAUACUCAAUCGAUGAAGUAUUGGUUAUGCUCAAGGAUGGAUCAUAUGAAACAAAGUUGCAUGAAUUUAUGAACUCUUCGGAGAAGCAGGAUAGGGAAUCUGGUUUUGGUGUGAACUUGUUCAGAGGAAAUGUUAACGAUGGGUCUGUAAAGUGCCAACAGUUGUUUCAGAAAGAACUAACUCCAAGCGAUGUUGGGAAACUCAACAGGCUUGUUAUUCCUAAAAAGUAUGCCGUGAAGUACUUCCCAAAGGUUUCAGAAGCACCUUUAGAAGAAGAGGAUGGUGGUGUGAUAGACGACAUUCAACUGCCAUUCGUGGACAGGGACAUGAAGCUCUGGAAAUUCCGAUACUGCUAUUGGAAAUCUAGCCAAAGUUAUGUGUUUACCAGAGGUUGGAACCGAUUUGUUAAAGACAAGAAAUUGAAGAAGAAUGACGUGGUUACAUUUUAUAGGUGUGAGUGUCGAGAAUGGUUCCAAAACAAACCCUUUUACUUGAUCCAUGUAGCGUCUAAUGGAGAUGAAGAUAAUAGACUAGAUUUACAAUUAGGGUUUAGCUGGAAUACUAAUGAAACUGGACCCUCAGAUAGGACUAUCAAACUAUGGCAAAAUAAGGAAGAAGUGAUUAUGGAAGUUACACCACCACAGCAACAACCAGAUGAGGAGAAAAGGCCUUUGAUUAUGGAAGUUGCACCACCACAGCAACAACCAGAUGAGGAGAAAAAGGCUUUCAGACUUUUUGGUGUAAACAUUAAUUAAUUACUAGAGAUUUAUGUUUUGGUGUUUGCAAUUUUUCUGUUUUGAGGUUUUGAGGAAUUUAGACAGAUAGAACAUCAUGAGCAUCUACUUUUGCUUAUACCUAAUUUUGAACUGUGUAUACCAAAUUCACUAGUUAUUUGCUUCAAAUAUAUUUAGAGAUAUCUUUGAACUGCAUAUAUAAAAGUGCCUCUAUCUUAGAGCUAUUGAAACUAGAUAUGGAAAACUAGAUCAACAGAAGAUGAAUAAUCAAUCACACUAAAAUUUUUAUGUUAAUCAUAGGACUUCUUAAAUGACAAAUAUGUCCAUCAAAUUAAUUCUUUUUAGACUUGUCAGAAAAUCCAUAGAAGGAAUAUACUGACUUCUAAAGAGAUUUCAUGGCUUUAUAUGCAUUUCCAAACACAGCCGCACAGAUGGUAAAAAUUGUGGCUCAUGCAUGACUCCUUUUAUUCGGAUUAUUCAGAUACAUCUUUUGAGUUUUGACUGCAGAUAGUAUAUAGUAGCUAGAUGUAUUUCAUGAGUUUAUGCUCAAUAACUGAGCAAGUACAGCGACACACAUAUAACAAGUUUUAAAGGCAAACACACUGUAUAUUAUGAUAACCACCGUUAAAGAAAACAAGGCAACAUGUAUGAAGAGGGUUCAAACA